AUGCAGACAACCGAAGAAGGAACUACCGUGGAAGAAAUUUAUUUAGUAGAAGAAUUAAAUGAGCAGGGAAUACAAGAUAAUAAUCAUUGUUAUCGGUGGAUACCGUUUAUAAGGGUAAAUAAAAGUACUCCAGUAGCGUUCGAUAAUGAUUUAUGCAAAAAAUUUAAACGAGAUAGCAUUUAUAUUGAAUCAAGUGAUGAAUGGAAAUUUGUUAAAAAGCUCGUUACAGAAGCUUCACAUGAGUUCAUACUAGAAAUGAAGGUUAUUGGGUCAACAGGUUUAAAUGUAUUAUUGGGUGGCGUAGAACGUUUUGGAAAAAUGAGUCCGAAAUUGAUAUAUGAUAAACAUUUGAAAGGGCCUAAUGUCGAUCGUCACAGCAAUUCAAGCUGUAAACGUUACGUCAUAGUUGCGCAAUGGCCUGAAUUAAGUGGUAUGAUAUAA